GAACUCUUAAACCCAUCAGUUGUAGAAGAGAAUAUUUUCAAGGGUGUGCGAAGAGGUAAAAACUGAUUUCUCUUCGAGCUUUCAACUUUAUACAGUUAAAACAGCUCACCUUCACCACCAUUUUCUUUCUAUACAAAUAGAAAAAGCAUUUGAAAUUUUGUUUUCGAAGACACGUCUCGUGAAUCCCGCCAUUUAUCUAAACUGAGAAAUUGCCAUGUUUGUUGAAAAUCUGAUAGGUGUACUGACAGAAAACUCAUAGAUGAAAAUGGAAAAAAAUCAUACUUACGGUAUACUAUACUUUUGAUACCCUAAGUAAUGAGUAUAAUGAGAGAUAAAUUUUUCUAAUUCCACAGAUUUUUUAAUGAAAAGAAGACUUUUAUACGUGCGCAUGUGACAUGUUCACCUGGUCUACAAACGCAACACAACCUGGUUGUCCAGGAAAUAUCCAGGCGCGCGUUGUUUAACCUCUUGGUGUGCGAGAUAUUUCGGCUUGACAAGCGAACGGCCAGGAAGUACUACCAAUUGCUUUUUGCUUGCGUAGUCACACUCCAGUCUCACUAAAGGAUUUCCUCCUAUUGGUUGAAAGCUCUGGAUCACUCUUCGCGUCAUAAUAACAAGUAUCAUCUGAAGUUGCUGGUAGUUACAUAGUUUUUCAUCAUGAGCAAUUCAACGAACCACACUCGACUGGUGACCGCGACAUCGAAGCCGGAAAGACAGGGGCUACAAGUUAA